AUGCAGGCCCAAUCAAAACUGGCUCACCACUUAUCCAAACAGCUUCCUGGCAUUUUUCCUACCUCUGCAUCCGUGCCUACCGCCCAGUUGCACGCAAUAUUAGUCAAUCUAACUGCUCGGCAGUAUAGCUUGCACACUUCUGCUGCCCAGGCAUAUGCUACUUACUUAACUUUGGCCGGUCAUUUAUCCAACUCCGCAGAGGAUGCUACGGAUGCUGAAAAUAGUACAUUGGCGGGGCGCCACUUUACAGAGACAGCUUCGCCUGUUAAUACAAUGAUAGGUGAGUCUCCUGCGUCAGAUUAUCAACUUAUCAUACAUGUGCAGCCUAUUGAAAAAAGUUACUUUCUAUCACUACUCGAAUUAUCAUAUUUAAUCAAUACAUAUAGUAUGUCUUCUGCCUAUUUUACAUAA